GCUUGUCCCAGUGCGAGAAGCAACGUAACGGUCUCUCGCAUGGCAGAUUACCCUCGCCCGCAACAAUCCUCGACAAGCCAAUGCUCAACUGUUUCGGCUGCUUCGGUGGCCUCGCCGCACGUCCGUCUGAGGAUCCGCCUCGGCGGGCGACCACCAGCAUCGUCCCGCUCGAAAGCCCCCGCAUUCCAACCCCUGUGCUGGGGCGGAUCGGGGACGGCGGGCGGCUCGCAACUCUCGAGCGAGCACUGACAAUCAGCGUGCCCGGGCCAAGCGCAAACACCCCGGCCGCCUUCGGCCAGAUCGCCACAACGGCAACUCCGUCGGUCGGCUCGACUGCAUCGCUUCCUUCGAUCCCGACGACGCCGGUCACAACGACAGCGCCCGUCACUGCCAUUACCCCCGUCGUGGCCACUUCCCCCCAUAUCCAGCCUCAGCCUCAGACUCAGACUCAGACUCAGUCCGUCGCGUCGCCAACCCAUGCCACAUCGCCGUUGUCGGCACUGGAUACUGGCACUUCGGAGCCGCCGCUGCUCUGGGUGCAUCCGGUCGAAGCCUUCAUUGACAUCACGAUUCGACAGCCCGAGUGUCUGUGUGUGUGGACCAACGAGAACGACGCCCAGGAGCGACACUCGUACCAGGACGUCUGGCAGCGUGCUUACUCGGUUCUCCAGGUCCUCAAGAGCCUGCCUGGCUGGGACGAUCCCGCCAACGACGUCGUGGCGCUCCAUGUCGAGCCUGAGCUGUACUGGGUCGUCUACACCUACGCCGUGUGGAUGUCCGGCAAAAAAGUCGUCAAUUUUGCCUUGGGAUGGUCUGCUGCCAUCCGCAACGCCAUCGCGGAGAGCCUCAACAUCAAGUUCAUCCUCUAUUCCAAAGUGCGGCCUGGGCCCAUCGCCGGCGUCACGGCCCACUCGGUCGAGUCCUUCCCUGUCCUCGACGCUGCGUCCAUUCCGGCUCCAUCCAUGGACUUGUUCGGCCCUUUGCCUGAACUGACAACGGUGAUCUGUACCUCUGGGACGACGGGCAUACCCAAAACCAUGCCUGUUUCCCACCGAAUGGGUGCAUCCACCGUGAGCAAGUGGGACCAUCAAUCUCGCGCCGUUCUUCAGUCGCCUUCGUUCACAGCUACUGUCAUUCAGAUUCUGUCGUUUUGCAUGCGCGGCUGCUCGCUGUGGUUCCCCAAAUCAUCGCCCAACGCGAUCGAAAAGUCAAGACAAGUAGUACUCAUGCUGAAUGCCGGAGUGGACACCAUUUCCAUGUCUCCAUCUUUUUUGAAGGCAACUCUCCAGUCAGCGACGUCACGAGACUCGAACGUCAACUGGCCGACUGUUCGGAUGGUCGUCUUGGCUGGAGAAAGAGUCGUCGCCAACUUGGUGACCGAUAUACGCAAGACAUUCCAGAACGCUGUCGUCAUUGCCGUUUAUGGGUCCAGCGAAUCGGGGACCAUAUCCGCGGUGGCGUACUGCACGAUUCCGCCGCGUGUGCCCAGUCCACCAUCGCUCGUCUACCUGCUGAACAAGCCCGGAGUCCGAUGUACGGUUGUGGACGAAAACGGCGACGAGAUCACCACGCCGUACCCGCGACGAGGAAUCCUGUGCUAUGUCAUCAGCAAGGACGAUCCGCUCGCCAAGCACCCCAACUUUGUGUAUGCCCCGCGCGGCAACAAGCUUGCGUCGUUCGGACACUUCCCCGACGGCUCUCCUCGAGUCUGCACCAUGGACGAGGCCGAGCUGCUGAACAGCAGCAACCAGUUUACCAUCUUUGGCAGAACCGGCCGCAAGGUCAAGAUCAACGGCGUCUACGCCGACCUCGAGGUCCUCGAGAACCUGCUGCUCACCCACCUCGACAAGGCCAUCAAAGAGUGCUGCAUCGUCCAGACCUCGGACGAAAAGAUUGUGCUGCUGUACGUGCCUGUCCGCCGCUCGGCAUCGGGCCCCGAGUUCGACUCGCGCCAGAUCCUCGACAUGGCCCAGCGGAUCUUUGCCCUCGAGAACAUUGUCAGCAUCCCGAUCAACAACUGCCUGGACCUGUACGAGAUGCCGCUCAACGACUCGGCCAAGCGCGACCUCAAGCGGCUCAAGCGCAUCGCCGAGCAGGCCGACUACUACGGCCUCGCCAUCACAUACCCGCCGAUCCCGGCCAACGACUCGUCCGAGUCGCGCAUCGCCAUCAAGGUGUCGGCCCUCGGCGCCGAGAUCCUCGAGAUCGAGGCCUUCAACGGCCGCAACUACUACAUCUCGGGUGCGGGCUUCAACUCGCUGUCGGUCGUGCAGCUGUCGAUUGCGCUGCGGGCCGAGUUUGACAUUGAGAUCUCGCCGCUGAUCCUGCUGUCGCACGGCAUGAACCCCGUGGGCGUGGCCCGGAUCAUCACCGAGCACCGGCUCAAGCGGCCGUUCGACCCGCCCGUCGUCAACCUGGCCGAGGAGGCCGCCAAGCUCGACGACCCGACGGUGACGGCCGAGGGCCUGGCGCCGUUCGAGUUCCAGGCGGCGCCGCGGUCGGUGCUGCUGACGGGCGCAACGGGAUUCCUCGGAUCGUUCCUGCUGUUCGAGCUGGCCAACCAGUUCCCGUCGGCCACGAUCGUGUGCCUGGUGCGAGCGGCCAGCGACGAGGAGGCGCUCAAGCGACUGAAGGACGCUGUGCACGACCGGGUGCUCGGCGCCCGACAGCAGCUCGGCAACGACCGAUACCGCAUCUGGGACCGGGUCCGAGUCUGCAGCGGCGACCUCGGACGCUCUCGCUGGGGCCUCAGCGACGAGGCCUGGGAUCAACUGGCGCGCGACACUGAUGUGAUUGUGCACAACGGCAGCGAGGUGCACUGGAUGUACUCGUACGAGCGGCUCCGCAACACCAACGUCCUCGGCACGGCGACGGCCCUCAGGCUGGCCACGACGCACCAUCUCAAGCCGGUGCACUAUGUGUCGACGGUCGGGGCGAUCCCGCUGCAAGCAUAUCGUGGCGAGCGGCUCAAGGAGCGGAUCUACGAGGAGUGGACGGUCUCUGGCGGCUACGGCCAGACCAAGUGGGUCGCCGAGCAGCUGAUCGACAAGGCGCACGCCCGCGGAGUGCCGGCGACGAUCCUGCGUCCGACAGUGAUCAUUGGCGACAGCAUCUUUGGAGUCUCCAACACCGAUGACUACAUCUGGCGCUACGUCCGCGGAUGCAUCCAGGUCGGGGCCAACCCGUCCCACGCCAGCCAUGUGCACAUGAACCUGUGUCCUGUCGACUAUGUGGCCAAAGCCAUUGCGACGGUGGCGGCCUCGAAGGAGGCCCUCGACCUGUUUGUCUUCCACCUCGACGACAUCAGCAACUUUGCGGAGCACGAUCUCUUUGACCUCGUGCAGAAGCUCGGCUGGAAGCUCUUCUUCCAGACGCGCGACCAGUUCCGCAACCAGAUCGUCCAACUCAACAACCCAAAGACCAACGUGCUCUAUCCGCUGAUGGACUUUAUCACCAGCAUGUCCUUCGACCUCGACAACGAGCACUUCCACACACUUGUCCCGCAGGCGGCCCCGGACCCGACCAAGGUGGUGACAAAGUGCCUCGAGUAUCUCGCGCUUGUGGGAUACCUGCCCGAGCCCGAGGGCGGGCUGCCGACCCGCACCCGCAGCAUCGAGUAUCCCGAGAUGGAGGCCUUUGGCCGCACCGACCGCGCCUGAGCGACUUUGUGGCUGUGCCGGGCGAUGGUUGUUGUCAGUUUACAUAUCGGCGAUGGACAUAUCUCGGUGCGGGCUAUGGUGUCGUGCGCCUGGCUCGGUUAUCUGCUGCUGCAUCUCCCUCCCCGCCCUUGAAUCAACAUGCAUGCCUGCCCCCCCCCACUCGUAUCUCCCUAUCCAGCCAUCGACUCUGUGUCAUAACGACCUCGGUGCGCGCAGCUUCGCUCUGCUCUGACUCCCGCUCCCCAGCCGCUGUCCCCCCUGUUCUCUGUUUUUGCUCCCCAAUGAAGACCGACUUGCACAGCGCUGGGUGUCGUGCGCAGGCGCGUGGCUGUGUCCUGCUGGUGAUUGGG